GCUAUGAACAAAGGGGUGAUAGUGGGGUGAAGCAAAGCGCUGUGUUUUCAUGGUGAUUGCACGCUAAGAACAUACGGUUACUAGCUGAGCUACUCAGCACCACGCUAGGAUGCGCGAGUCACCUGUUGUACUAGGAGUCAAUCUGAGAAGCCUGAAGGCCAGAUCCACACAACCACAUAAACUAACCAUUAAAUAUUGAUCGACAUUACACUGAGCUUUACUGAUAAUAGGUGAAAAGAAUUCGCGCUUUCACCAGUCAGUGCAUAAGCUUGCAAAAAAGUCAGAAAAUUCACAAGUUUUCGGUUUGAGGAUGUAGGAGCGCGAUUCGCGACCCGCGCCAGGAGGCUACGGCGGGCCCCAGAACGCCAUUUACGCAGCGGACCGCUCGCGAUUUCGUGCGCAAAUUUCGUCCAAAGUAAUCCCGCUACUCGCACCGGAAAUGACCCGUAGCGCGUGUGUCACACGUUGUUGAUUUUCAGACGUGUUACUUUCAUGGUCGAGUAAUCACGCAUGCGCAGAAGGUUCUAUUCACUAACACGCACACGAUAUAAAUAAAAAGGAAAUUUUUCCGAUGACAACAAAGACCAUUCAAACAGGCACAUACAAGAGUCGAAGCGGUGGUCGUAAAAGCACAAACGACCCUCGCUCAUCACCAGGAGAACAAAGAUCCUUUAGAGAAUAUCUCUAGUACAACAUUGUCUUCGAGACGGCAGAAUAUUACAAGUUGUGGUAGAUCGAUCCACAAGGACGGACUCAAGUUGGAUUCACAAACUAUUUUUUCACUACAUCCCCAUCUCUCGACCAUGGGAUCAAGGAUCUCGGCAGUGAAACGUAGCGAUCACAACGACAAUAGACAAGGAGUUUAUAAAUCCUUGAACUUUAUAAGAGAGGAGGAUGAUAGAGCAAGAGAUUUAGCGAGGCCGGAGAAACUUGACAUAGUGUUAGACCGACCAGCGCUACCGGAAGAGAGACAAGCAGAAUUCGCGUGGAAUCCGGCCGAUCGUUCAGUCAAUGUGUUCGUCAAAGACGAUGAUCCGUUCACAUUUCACAGACACCCUGUGGCCCAAAGUACGGACUCAAUACGAGCUAAAGUCGGCUUUAAUCGUGGGUUCCAUGUGUGGGAGAUUCACUGGUCUACCAGGCAGCGUGGUACACAUGCUGUUGUCGGAGUGGCAACUGCCAAAGCUCCGCUACACUGUACCGGCUAUCACUCGCUUGUCGGGAACACUGAGGAUGGAUGGGGCUGGGACAUAGUAAGGAAUAAACUCUAUCACGACGAGAAAGGGAACUCGACCGUCAAAUAUCCAGCGCAUAAUGCCGACAUAGAACACAAUUUCGUGGUCCCUGAUAGAUUUCGUGUUAUUCUCGACAUGGAUGAAGGAACAUUAGCGUUUGAGACUUUAGAAGGGAAAUAUCUCGGUGUUGCGUUUAGAGGACUAAAAGGACAGACAGUUUACCCUGUGGUAUCAGCUGUUUGGGGGCACUGCGAGAUCGCCAUGCGGUACAUCGGCGGCCUUGAUCCUGAACCACAACCUUUACAAGAUCUUUGCAGACGUGCAAUCAGAAAGUCUAUAGGAAAAGAAAACUUAUCCAAAGCAAACAUAAAUACACUUCCUUUGCCAGUACCUAUGAAGAAAUAUCUACUCUACCAGCAAGGCUGGUGAUUUCUAGAAAUGAUAGCAAGGGAAUGAUGGAAAUGGCGUCAACAUGCUGAUAUUCAGCCUGACGUUCUCAAAAUGAGCUCUGUGGUAAAGUUCCAAAAGCCAAUCGCCAAGAAGCUCAAAACUCACCACAUCGCAAGCAUCUUGCCAUCGUCACAGGGGCACAGGUCUUGAGAUACAGGCAGACAGUCUUAUGCAUCGAACAUUGGUCAUCCAAGUGGCCUAGAACAGGAAAUAAUCCCACAAAUUGAUUUUCCUAGUUGGGUUUUCCAUAUUUUAUUCUUGAUUAAUGGAUUUAUAUGUCUACAGAAAUUGAUCAGGUGAACAAAUUUAUUUCUUAGAGCUUUUAUUUGUAUGAUUCAUAAAUGCAACUUUCUGGCUCAGAAAAGACGUCUCUCCUGAGAAUACUCUUGAAAUUUUAGCAGUGUUUCAAAUUGCAAUGUUUAUAUAUAGUGCAUUUAUUUGUGGAUACACAUUCCAGAAAACUGACAAAGUCAGAAAGCAAACAUUUAGAAAAAUGACAAUUAUUUUCCCUUUUAUUAAUAUUAUUAAGUUAUUUAGUUUAUUUGGACGAUAAUAGCAAAAUUUCUUUAGAAUGCCUCAAGUUACAUUCAAAUUGUACAUACAUUGCCAGCCUCUGUAAAGACUGAUUGAUUCAUCCAUUCAUAAAUUAUACCAGGACACUAUUAUUAUCCAGCAACAAUGCAAAAUGAGUUUUUAAUCCAAUCAAAUGCCUUACCUCAUUACCUGUCCAUUUUUGCUAAAGUUUCUGAGUUUCAAUGAUAAUUUGGCAUGCUACGUAAUUUAUAAAUGAGCAAGGUUAUUUAUUUAUGAGGCAAAGAAAGCCAGUAUACGUAUUAUUUAAUGAUAUUAUAUAUUGAAUUGAAGUUCCUGUUAAAAGACGAUGCUGUUCUUGAAAUAAAAUAAUUUGCAUA